ACUUCACUGUCUUCAGAUGACCAGUUUGCCAUGGCAUUGUCUUCUCUAAGAAAGCCUCUCACAGCUUCUUCAAAAUUGAGUGCUCAUUACAGUGUCCUAAUUGAUCCUUCAAGUGUUUGGUCUCCUACAAAUCAUCACAUGCUUCUCACAAUACUACAACCUUUUCUUCCUCAUCUCCAUUGUCACACAUUGUCAGAGGCACCAAUCAAUAAAUUUUUAGAUCAUCUUUUGAGUAAUAAAGAGCCUGAAAUGAGAACAUCUGUGCCAUCAACGAGUGAGAAAUCUUGUGUUAAGACAAAAAGCCUGAAUGGAAGUAUCCCAAAAAAAGAAAAGUUUAUUUUAAAAGAAAGAAACAUCAGGCCAUCAACAUAUAUCCCUAAAAAAGAUAACACUGUGCAAAUGUUAAUGUUGAAAGGUAGACAUGAAGAAGUUUUGAAAUUUUUGGCUAGUGAAACAAAUUUAUCUAAAUAUUCCUUUGAUUUUGAAACUGUUGACAAACUUUGCUAUAUUGCUUCACUUCAAGGUUCUGUUGGACUUGUGAAGAAAAUCUUGAAAAAUGCAUUUACAAAUUUUUACAAACCUACGAGACAACUCUAUGCCCUUCAAUCUCACCUGGCAACAGCAGAAUUUCAUGCAGGAAAUCAUAUUGAGAGCCUUGAUUUAUUAUCAGAUCUGCACAAUGCGAAAGAAAUUAGCAGUAAAUAUCUCCAUAUAAAUUCUCCUUAUUCAGAAACACUUUCAUACCCUCAACUCAUUUCCCUCAUUACUUCUGAAAUCUAUCCACUGAGAAAUGUGACUCUUUCAAUCCUGCAACUUGUACCUGAAGUGCAACAAGACUCUGUUUGGAAUAAGGCUGAAGACUUGGUAAAGGACAUAAACAAACUCCAUGGAUUUUCUCUUCCUGCAUUUACACUUUGGAAAGGUUACUUUUUCUCUCCAUUACAACCUGAGUUCACUAGGGCAGAUUCUCUCUAUGAACUGGUGGGUGUUCAGCGCCUGGCUAUGAGAGAGCUACGUUGUAUAGCAACGCUGCUUUUGAAGCACCACAACAUUGCUCAAGUUGAACACUUCCUUCAGCUUCUUUUGAAGUAUGAGCAGCAAUCUGCUCUAUCUCCCAUCUCAUGUCUUCUUCUCUCCAUGCAAUGCAAUGAAGGCAAUUGGAGAGCAGCAUUGGAGGUCCUACACUUCGCCACAAGCCUCAAGUUGAUGUUGUCCUACAACUCACUGAUGCGCCUGCAGCAGCUCCUGCAUCAACGGCGUGUGCCAAUCCCUGAACAGCUCAUGCACCUCAAGGCAGCUUGUAGUGUUACCCAAUCAGCCACCCGAAAUAGUGCCAAGAAACCCCCAAUACAUUAUGACUUUUAGGCCUUGCAUAUCGCAAUUUAGGUUGUCCUAGUGAUAGACCAACAACAGUAUUUCUGUUGAGAAUUAUUGCAGUGCAUAAAAUUUACUGCAUUCUGCUGUUUUUAUCUGUUGUCAAACUACAAUGAUUAACUAUGCUAAAAUUGCAAGUUUUCAUUACAAUCAUUCACCCAUUAUGUGGAGCAGAGAGUCAACUGGCCAAUUUUUUCAUUCAAACUGCAACUGACUGUCUGACUCUAAACUGAAAUUAAAAUUGUUGAGAGCCUGAAUCAACAUCUUGCUUUGCAAUGUAUCCAUGUGCAUGUUUUUCUCAAGUUGGUUAUGUAUCUUUUGAUGUACGUAACACCACUUUAGAAGAAAUUCUCUCUGCUUUACUUCUCGUAAUAAAGGCAGAACAAAGUAAUGCGUUUUUAAUGAGGCUGUGGUCAAAAUCAUUGAGAAAAAAUCUCAAAUGGUGUGUGUUUGACAUUUUAAAUCUUGUCUUACUCCACAUUCUGUCAUACCGUAUCUUUGCUAUAUUUAAAACUAGGUAGACAGUUUGUCAACUGCCUUGGCUAUGAGCUCACUGAGUGUACUUGCCUCUUAUUUCAUUAUUCUUACCACAUGUUUCUUGAGAACCAUACUGGCUGUGAGAUAUUUAAAUUAACCUCUUUGUUUGUACGACUUCAGAUGUUUCCAUCGUUUUAUAACUAUGUAAGAGCAUUUCCUGAUGUAAAUAUUAUGUGAAAGGAAUUUCCAACGCUGUUUGAAUAUACAUUUUCACGAGUA